UUUACCUUAUUUGGUCACGCACGGAGAGCUGAGUGGCAGGUGCGCGCGCGCCUCCUUUCAGCUCGUUCAGUCGGUCCGCGCGAGGCGCCCGGCGCGCGAUUCCUUUCCGAUCAACACCAGAGCGCGCGCGCGUUUUCUUCUCUGUCCUGCUCUCUCUGCUCGGUCAACUUUCACGUCUUUUCUCCGUUUAUUUUAAGGAGUUAUUCCUUUUAUUUGUAAAUAAAUAAAUAAAUAAAUCGGCAUCGCAUUUUAGGUUUUUGGUGUUUUUUUCAGGAUAGAGAAGAAAAGUGAUGCUGAAUGUUCACGCGCGACCGUGAGGAAAUUUCUUCCUUGGAUUUCUGGCGUCUCGCGUUAGCAUCAGGGGCAUCAUCUUCUUCUUCUUCAUCAUCAUCAUCAUGGACGUCCUGGCCAACUACAGCAUCUUCCAGGAGCUCCAGCUCGUCCACGACACCGGCUAUUUCUCCGCCAUGCCGUCUCUGGAGGAAAACUGGCAGCAGACAUGUCUAGAGCUGGAGCGCUACCUUCAAACGGAGCCCAAGCGUCUAUCGGAGCUCUUCGAAGACGAACUGGACCGAUUGCUCUGUCCAGACUUCAUGGACGGGCAUGGAGAGGACGAACCGCUCAAGACGUCACUCUUCAGCGUGACAUCGUCCCCACUGCGCCUCGACGGGGAACCGCUGACCUCGCCGUCCACCCCGGAGCCUUCCGAGCUUCGACGUAGCGUCGACGUAGCCCGGCUGAACGCGCUCACAUCGCUGACCCCGCCCUCGUCCCCGGAACUGGAGCACCAUUCUCUCAAGACCACCCACACUCUGUGCACCACGGCCAACGGGACUCUGAUGCUGAAACUGGCCAUGGCGCGGCCGCUCUCGCCCGGACCCAGCGACGGCGAACAGGCGAGCGGCACCGCGGGGGGCAGAGACUCGGCCGACAGCAAGAAGAGAGUGCACCGCUGCCAGUUCGACGGCUGCAGGAAGGUGUACACCAAGAGCUCACACCUCAAGGCACACCAGAGGACACACACAGGUGAGAAACCCUACAAGUGCUCAUGGGAAGGCUGCGAGUGGCGUUUCGCACGCAGCGACGAACUGACGAGACACUACCGCAAACACACGGGCGCCAAGCCCUUCAAGUGCGCGCACUGCGACAGGUGCUUCUCGCGGUCCGACCACCUGGCGCUCCACAUGAAAAGGCACGUUUAGGACCUCAGACCCCAGAGGACGUACGCUACCAGAGAGGAAACCUGACAAACAGAUAUAACAUAGAAAAGGAGGUACAGAUGGCAGAACUCGACUCGGGUACGAGUGGAGCAUACACCCGAACAAUUCGUUUUUUGGGGGUUUUUUUUGUUUGUUUUUUUUUUUUUUUUUUACGAGACGAAUCAGAAUGUUCCGGAUACAGAGCGGAGAACCUUCUAAACCCAAUUCGGACUUUAGACGCGGCGAACACGCUGACUGAGCCGAGAGUGUUUUCUCCUGAGCUGUACGCCACAUCAAGGACUCACGUGGAAUGUAUUUUCAUCGCAUAGCUGCAGUAGUACGUACACAAGCGGACAAUUGUUCACGAACAGGAUCCUGUCUGGCGGAACGUCUACCCUGUUCACACAACUCUUUCUACUGGUUUUUUUUCGAGCUGUAAGACUCUUCCUGUUUAUGGGCACAGUUAAGAAACUUUUGCACAAGCGCCGUCGAGGAUCAAAGACAAUUUUAAUACUCGAUCGAGGAGGGCUGGGAGGACACACACACACACACGAAACGUCAGAUUUGUUCUUGUAAACGUUCUUGCACACAUCCUGAACUGUUUAUUUAUGCUUCUUAGAUUUUUGUACGAACCUGAGAUCUUUUCGUCCGGGACUAGCAUGGGGCGGGGGUGGGAGGGGACAAAUAACAACAACAACACGGCAUUGUUGAAAUGAAACGUUUUUAGUUAUCGACCUCAUCAUCGUGAAGAAAAGCCGUCGUAAACACCGAGACGUUUAUGAACAGUGUACAUGGCGCCGUUAUACGCUUCGUGCUCGCUUAAAGCUUUUUAAUUCGCUGCAGUUUUCUUGUGAGUCGAGAUACGCUAUCGGCAUCCUGCAACCUUCUUAAAUAAACAGAUGAAUAAAUAAAGCACCGGAAAGAGCAGUGUGUGUGUGUGCGUGUGUGUGUGUGUGUGUGUGACUGCGAUAUUUACGCCCGGCCUCCCGCUGUUCGCUCAUCUGUCGCUAUGGUGCACUCUGGCCUUUCUAACCAACUGAAACGAGAGCCAUCUGACUUCACCGCUCUCAGACGUCAGGCUCUUCCUGGCAUCAGGUCGUCCCGGUCACGGGCCAUUUCACCCCCAACAAAAUAACAAAGGCGCAAGGUCAUCCCAGUGACACAAACACACACACACGCAGGCUUUGUUAAACGUAAACAUGAAUGAACCUAAUGCAUUCUAGUAAGUAAAUAUGUAAAGCUCGGAAACAUCAUCAUCAUCCUGUAUAGAAGAGUAAAGCUUGAGGGUCGUUCACAUCAAAACAUAAGAAAAGUUGAAAACAACGACAACAACAACAUCCACAUUCUCUUCAUCAAACCAGUAAGACCAUUCAGUUAUGAAACGAAGCGACACCAUUUCCAGUUCCUUUUAACAUUCUCACACGGAAACCGCCUCGUCCGGAGUAUUAAAAUCAUUCUAGGAAAAUAAUCCACAACCGCGUGAUCCGACGAAGCAGAUUUUACUCUCGAAAAUAAAAGCAGAUUAUUUUCCGGCAAACAGCGAAUCCUGAAGCGGUUUUAUCCAUCGUACAUCGGGUUUUUUUGGUGGGGGGGUUUGAAACAACCGCCGAUUUCCCGCAGAUUUGGACAAAAGACGUGUCACGUGACGUCGUCGCUACACGAAUUCAGCCAAGUCGUCAAAAAAAUUUUUUUUUCAUUUUUAGAAAAGAGUAAACUCAUCCACCGUGAAGACUUUCCAGCUUCACCUCGGACUGUCAGAGAAGCAGAAAAUCCAUUUACGUGGAGCGUUACCGUAGAAACGUGAACUUCGAACAGAGCUGCCUAUAUAAACGUUAGGCAUAUUUCAAUUUAAUACCUUUUUUUUUCUUUUCAAAAAUGCUACAGGAAAUCAUAACCAUGAUUUAAAAUAAAUAAAUAAAUAA